AUGCGACAUCUCACCCAAGCUUUGAUCACUAUCAACACCCUGCUUGCAAUUGCGGUUGCAGCACCUCAUGGCACCUCGUACAAUAACAUCCAGCACCAAAAACGAGAUGACCAAGACCAAAACCAAGCCCCAAAUCUAGCCACCAAAGUAGAGGCAGAGCUACAUCCAUUCCCUCACCCUCACCACCAUUACAAUCACGACCACCACCAUGGCCACGGCCACCAUGGCAAACCACCACAACCUCCGCCAAAGAAACGGAAAUUCGGAAUAUCAUACUCUCCCUACAACACAGACAGUACCUGCAAAUCCCAAGAUGAAGUGAACGCCGAUAUCGACAGACUUGUUUCAGCAUCAUUACCACAACCAGAAAACGCCGAAGAAACCGAGGACAGUGACUACGGCUUCAUAAGAAUCUACGGCAUAGACUGCAACCAAACCGCAACCGUAACAACAGCCGCAAAACAACACAAUCUCCGCGUUUUCGCUGGAAUCUUCGAUCUCUCUGAUUUCCCACAUUCGCUUGAUGCAAUUAUCGACGUUGCACACUCGCACACCACAACAACCUCGGAAGGAGGUGAAGAAGACGGCUGGUCCAUCUUCCACACCAUAGCAAUCGGCAACGAACUAGUCCAAACCCACCAAUCCACAAUCCCCGACGUAAUCUCCGCCCUCCACCAAGCACGCAGCAUCCUCCGCUCCGCAGGCUACAACGGCCCCGUCGUAACAGUCGACACAUACACAAUGCUCCUGGAACACCCGGAGCUAUGUGAAGCAUCGGACUACUGCGCGGUGAAUUGCCAUGUUUUCUUCGAUGCGACGCAGACGCCUGAUAAGGCGGGGGAUUAUGCGGUUGAUGUUGCGAGAAGGAUUUCGGAGGGGACGGAGGGGAGGAGUGGGGGGAGGAAGAGGACCGUUAUUGCGGAGAGUGGGUGGCCGCAUGAUGGGGUUGCGAAUGGGAAGGCUGUUCCGUCGGGGGAGAAUCAGAGGGUUGCGGUGGAGAGUUUGAAGAGGGUGUUUCGGGAGCAGCCGGGGGAGGGUGAAGACGAUGGGGAUGCUGGGUUGGUGUUGUUUACGGCAUUUGAUGAUUUGUGGAAGGUUGAUAAUGAGGGGACGUUUGGGGCGGAGAGGUUUUGGGGGAUUAAUCGGUGA